GAUAGUGCCUCUACUUACCGUAAAAACAUGAUGGCAGUAAUUUAACGGGAGUUAACCUUUUAUAUUAAAAUCAUAUGUGUAACUUUGUAAGCCACGUGUGUAAUAUGUAUGCAUAAUUUAAUUAAUUCUUAUUGCUCGUCGGUAAAAAUAUAUUUUUUGUUUCAAGGAUAUUAAAUAUAAACAUAAUUAUUAAUUGUUAUUGCAAGAUAGAUAAAUUGAAUUUAAAGGAAGAUGAGUUUGUUUGUUAUAAAUAGGUAUGAUGAAAGCAGAGAGGAAGAUGAGAAUGCGACAAAUCAUCUUUCUGAAUUGUUAAAAAGAAUUGAAGAACGUAAAAGACAAAGAGCUGCAGCGGAUAAAUCUAUAUUAGAUGUAGAUCAAAACAAUUUAACUAAAGAUCAGAAAAAGAAAAAGAAAACUUUUCUUAAUACAGAUGAAACUAAUGAUUCAAAUAUUGACAAAAGUGAUUGCAAUGAAAAAGUCAGUGAACAAACUAUAGAAACGGUCAAAACAUCGAUAAAAAAGAAAAAAAAGAAGAAAGAUAUUGAGAGCGAGCAUGUUAUAGCACAAAAAAAUAAGGAAUUAGAAGAAAAGAACGAAAAUCCAAUAAAUGGAGAAGAAGAAAAUCCAAAUACUACACAUACUAUAAAGGAAAAAUCUUUGGAGAAUAAUUUUGUAGUGUUAGGUACAAAAUCUCGAAAAAAGCAACGUGAAGUUAAGAGAAUAUUGCCAGACUGGUUGGCGCAUCCGGAAGUUAUAUGUGCUGAUUUGAAUAGCGGACCAAGUUUGGAAGAAUUAAAUUCAGUUUUGGAUGCAAAAUUGAUAGAAGUCUUAAGGGCUAAUGGCAUUGUUAAAUUAUUUCCAGUUCAAUCUAGUAUCAUAAAAUGGUUACACAAGUGUAACAUGGAUAGGAAAUUUGGGCGAUGGUUGAGAGAUACUUGUGUAUCUGCUCCUACAGGCAGUGGUAAAACCCUGGCCUAUGUAUUGCCAAUUGUACAGGAAUUGCAAACACGAUUGGUACCAAAGAUACGCUGUUUAAUUGUUCUACCAGUACAAGAAUUGGCUGCACAGGUUCAUAAAGUAAUGAUCACUUACACAUCUCACACAAAUUUAAAGGUGGGCCUGCUUUCGGGUGCCUUUUCGUUUGAACAAGAGCAAAAUAGUAUAAUUAAAAAAACUGAAAGGGGAAAGUAUUUAUCUAUGGUGGAUAUUAUAAUCGCGACGCCUGGCCGUUUAGUGGAUCAUAUAUUAAAGACACCCGGAUUUUCUUUUGAUUCUCUAAGGUUUCUUGUUAUCGAUGAAGCCGAUCGCGCAGCGGAAUGGAUACAGUAUUUACCUGAACCUCAUUCUCGCGUUCCUAUUUUCACACUCGAAAAUAUACAUUCCAGCAAAGUCAUACCAGCUCAAAAACUAUUAUUUAGUGCAACCUUGUCGCAAGAUCCUGAAAAGUUGAGCUGGUUAGGCCUAUUUCAGCCAAUACUGUUCACGACCGUUGUGACUGACAAAGACACGGACGUAAAUUUGGACAACAUUGCGGGUGAUUUCAUCGGACGUUACACGAGUCCGGAUGAACUGACGGAACUUGCGGUGGAAUGCAUUGCCGAAUACAAACCAGUUGCCCUGUAUCAGCUGUUGACGAAGUACGAUACCAUUUCCAAGACUCUCGUUUUCACGAAUUCCGGACAUACCGCACACAGACUGGCGCUCUUGAUGCAAUCACUCUUGUCGGAACGGAAUGUCGCGGUUGGAGAAUUAUCCGCACAGCUCGCGUCGAAGCAACGCGAAAGUAUCCUUGGCAAAUUCGCAAACGCAGAGAUAAAUAUAUUAAUAAGCUCAGACGCGCUGGCUAGAGGUUUGGACAUUCCUGAUGUACAAUUAGUCGUAUCUUACGAUAUCCCGAAGCACAUCAAAGGCUAUAUACACAGAGCCGGUAGAACUGGGCGGGCGGGUAAACCGGGCAUUGCAGUAUCCAUGCUCACACCGAAUCAAGUUGGAAUAUUUAAGCAAAUGUUAAGUGGCGCACAUAAAAUCGUGCCUAAUAUCGAGCAAAUGGAACUGAGUACCACGGCAAACGCGCUCAAUUAUGAGAAUCAUCUUGAAAAAUUGAAGGAAAUUCUUGAGAAGGAGAAAAAUGAAGAUUUGGAACGAAUGAAAGCUAUUAAACGUAGACGUGUGACGCAUGUGACUAAGCAAAAUGAAAAUGUAGAAUAAUUUUUUAUAUGAAAAAAAAUAAAAGUAAAAAAAUGUCAUAAA